ACGACUCGAAAAUCGAGGGGAGGGGUGAGAGCCAAGCAGAGGUAACUCGCCGGGUCUGUGGCAAGCUAAUCUAAACGAAGCCUUAAACGGCCCGUCAAAAGAAUUAAAAGGCAGUCGAGUACAGCAAUUUUAGACGAACAAGAGGACGCAUUCAUUGACGUUAACGACAGGGCAAAGAUGGACAACCGAAACACCCCUGAAGAGAAACCGGUCCAGCGCUCUAAAUCCUUCAGCUUCAAGACUCAAAGGGAAGUAUGCUCGUCCUGUGACAAGACUGUCUACCCCAUGGAGAGACUGGUGGCCAACAACCUGAUCUUCCACAGCACCUGCUUCUGCUGCAAGCACUGCAACACCAAACUCAGCCUUGGCACUUACGCUGCCCUACAGGGUGAGUUCUACUGCAAGCCCCACUUCCAGCAGCUCUUCAAAAGCAAAGGCAACUACGACGAGGGCUUUGGGCGCAAGCAGCACAAGGAGCUGUGGGCCUCAAAGGAGGCGGAGAAAAUAACCAAGACCGCAUAACCCCCGUCUGCCUGCGUCGUCCUGGCCAUCCGAUCCCUCGCCCAUCUCACCCAUCUUUCUCUCUCCACCUUCACCCCGCCAUUUUUGAACACACGCACAUCAUAUGGCACAUCGUGAAAAAUGCACACAGGCGCACACACACACACACACAGUAAAUGAUGUGACCUGCUUGAAACGUCAGAUGGUGAGGUGUUUUUAUCUUGAUUUCAAUUGAGCGCAUAUCAUUAUCUUUCAAUCAUUUUAUUUUCCAUUUCCUCCAGGGAAAUGUUUGUUGAUGGUGACCAAACACCUUCUCCACCAGCCAGUGUUAAAUUUCUGCUGGAAGUGGGAAGUGAAAUCUUAAAACGUUUUACCUUUUUCAAAAAACAUUUUUUUUUUCAAAUCUUUUUUUUUCCAGUUGCACCCUUCUUGCUUAGUCGUAAGGAAAUGGUAUGCUCGGAAGAACUCAUUGUUAAAUGUGAAGUUCUAGAUCAGUAGGCCUACCUCUGUGCAGUAGCGGAGCAUACAUUCAGGGCAAGAUUCUGAGGGGGUUUAUUUGACUAUUCUACUUAUCUUUCUGAUUGUUACUUAAAAAUGGAUCCACCGUGUAUUGACUGAGCAGUUCUCUAGUGGUCAUGUUGUUAGUUGAUCAGGGUUUUUGAAAUCUGAGAAACAAACCUGGAACACAGUACUGUAUAUAACAAUCUCACAUAAUGGCACACUCCUGCCUGUCCUCUCACUGUCCGCUUCCUUUUCUGACAGAGUUUUAUUUUCGUUAUUCCAUUUAAUUUUAUAUUUUGUAAAAAUAUUUUGUUUAAGUUCCUGUGAUCUGAAUGGGCUGUCUGGUGUGAUGCGCAUGUUAGUUGUCUUGAGUCUCAGACUCGCCUUGUUACUGUACUAACCUCUCGUUUUGAAUUUGUUUAAAUGUGCUUCAUUGACUCAUCACGUUUUAACAAGCACUCUUUGUGUAUAUGCUGAGUCUGACUGAUGUCAUGCCGAAAGCUACUUUUACCAGAGCUAUAUGGCUGGAAUAUUAAUGGGUUUUAAAUGUCCUAUUUUGGGUAUGAGAAGUAUCUCAUAGGUUGAUCUGUACAUAUAGGUGUAGUUUGUACUUAGUGAACAUAUCACACUAUAAUGUACUCUGUCUUGCGCAUAUGACCAUGCAUGACCACCAGGCAAGACGUUUUACAGGGAACAGCUUCACAGUAAACCAACCGUCACUCCAUUUAGUGCUACUUCCAGCCCCUACAGUUAUAUCAUGCUAGGGCUGUAUUUUGCUCUGCCAGUGUGUAAACCAACCUAGACUUCACUCUAACAUACUGUCUUAUCUUGAUGGGGCAUCACAUCGUUCCAUAUAAUCUUCCUUCGUAGAAACUUAUAGUGCGUGUCACUUUCACUAACAUUUUUCUUUUUUGGGUCAGUACCUACCUGGGCCCUCUAUGUCUCGAGUGUUUAGCUGUCUUGAAGCACCGGAGCCUGUUCUUUCAGAGCUUGCGAAGACCAAGGCCUUUAGAGUUGUAAGAGCAGAGUUUAGAACAGUGUACCCUGAACCUCUGCAUGGAGCUCCUCCUACUGGUGGAAGCGUGGAAGGGAUUGGCUAGUCAACCCGGAGGCCCUUAGGCAGCUGUUGGUUUAGCGGUAGUUCUGUGGACAUUUUGAGUAUGUGACGAGACCUAGCCAAAAGUGCAAACUUACGCAGACCACAGUUGGUUAUUAAUAUCAUUCGUUCUUAUUCUUUUCCAAGAAUAAAACGACUCAAUUUUCAUAAAAAUAAAACGUAUCAAAUGUCCCUAACCACUUGACUGACACUUGAAUGACACAAAAUAUAUUUUGUGGCUGAAAGUUUACUGUGAAUGAAACAUGCUGUGCAGAAUAGACAAUAAACUGAGGAAGAGGUAUACAUUACUUUUGUAUAGAAAAGCCUUAGAAAUGAGUAACCUAACCAUAUUUGUUUUCCAUACAAAACUUUAAUUCAGUGCACUUUGUGCAUAACUACCACCACCUUCUACAUACUCUAACUUCUACCUUCUCACUUGUCAAAUAAAAAUGCUUAUGCUUGCUUUAUACAGUUAAAGCAGUGGGCACUAGUGGUCACUUAAUUCUGCCUGCAUUUGCCCACUUUCUAAAGCCCCUUACUGAAUUUACCAUAUUUGAACUAAUUGAGGUUUUCUAUUUGUCUUUAUCAUCUGAGUUCAUGCCUGUCCUCGUCGGUAACCAUGGACACAAAGACACUGUGUCCAUAUCACCUGUUCUGUAAGAGCAGUACGCCAAGGUACAAACGCGUAAUCUGUGAAUUAACUUUUGUUUUGUAAGAGACACGAAAGAGGAUGUUUUUCCACACCUGCGCACCAGGAGGCUCAGGUGAACGAGAACCGUGUUCCUGUGUUCUACAAGUCAUCUAGUGUGCUAAAUUUAACGUAACUUCGUUUUGGUUUUUCAAUUCAAAAGUCACUGUUGUCCAUAAUUGAUACGAGAUUUAAAUGUAUGCAUCUUAUUGAAAAUGUAUUCGAUAUAAACUUGACCUGUGGAAUGAGGUGGCCUUGCAGUAGAAGGCCAACGGGCCGCGUGCUGUGUCUCCUCUCUUUACUUCAGGAUGUAGUUCAUGUUGUGCUGGUAGAAGAAUAUGAUCAUAAAAUGUGAACCCUGCUACACACACACACACAAUCAGAUGUAUAUUGUCUGCUCUUUUUCUUUCCAUAGUUUUUUAUUUUAAUUUUUUUACAUGCUUUUUGGAGAAAAAAUAAAUAAAGAUGCUGGUGCUGACUCAGA